AUGACAGGCUCAUGGGUGUUCCUUGCAGCAAUUGCACCUGUCGUCACCUUUAUUGAGGGUGGAUGGAGGUAUAUGGGUGGUGCAUCUAUAGUAUUUCAUGGAAUCAAGACGUAUGUAUUUGGAAAGCUGGUGAGAACAGUCGAGUAUCCCGAUGGCGAGAUGGUAUCGAUAGUCAUUCGUACCAACAAUCUGAAUAGGUUGAAGAAUGAAAUCAUAAAGCAUCAACCUGCAUUGUUCCCUGGUGUCGAACUCGAUCAGGCAGAUGUAAAGUACAUGGCAAGAUGGACACCGCCACACUUCACAGAGGUAUGCACAAAGAAUAAGGACCUCAAGAUGGUACCGGAUGGAGGUGUUGUGUUCUGGUCACGCUUCGAACCAAUACCAAAGAGAAACGUCACACUGGACAUCAAGGACAAGGAUGUUAUCAAGCUGGAUCAGGCCAUCAGUUUUGUCUCUAGAAUGGGCGGCAAGCAAGGAGGUGUCGUUGAGGAGGCGGCAAAGCUGAGCGAGCCACAAGAGAACGCUCUCAUCGAUAUGUUGCUGGAGAAGGACGAUGGCGUAUUGGCGCUACACAGGAACUUCAAUCAGUUCCCUGUACUAUUCAAAUAUCACGCUCUGCGGUACCUUCAUGCCAAGGGUAGACUGGUCGUUGCCGACCAACCACAAGUACAAACACAAGCACAGGCAGCACAAACACAGACUCAAGUGCAGGCACAGACUCAGCCUCAGACACAACAGUCACAGACACAACAACAAAAGACACAACAAGUUAUACAGAAGCAACAGCAACAGCAACAACAACAACAAAGUGAACAAUCCAAACCAGUUUCUCCGACACAGGCACCUUCGCCUCAUGAACUGACAAACACU